CAUGAGGGUCGCACAGAGCUGUAGAAGAGCCCUCCAGCCCCUGUGUCUAGUUAUACACAUGGGAAUGUUGCCUCUUGCCCCUCUACAUUGUGAAGUUUAGCCAAGUCCAUCUGGCCUUUCACCUCUCACAUCCCAGAGAGUACCUAGAACUCUCAGCCUCAGGACCUGUCUUCCUGCUUCACUCAGGAACCCUCCCUCCUCUUGGGUAUCCUGCCUACCUCCCAGAGGUUAAUUUUUCCAAGCCCACAAGGCAAGCUCAUCUUCAUCAAAACUGAAUUCAAUCCUCCCAAGCAAGAGGCCUUGACCUUUAGUUUAGGUAACCCAAGAUAAGUCCUCUUGGUUCUCCAGCCUGGGCUUCAGCUACCCCCAACUCUCUUUCUCAGUCAUCAUUGAAGUCUGGAAGGCUCUGGAGGUAGAGAACUGGAACUAUCCAUUACAAAAAACACCAGUGUAAUUCCUAAAUAAGGCCUCAUCUUUUCUCAAAUUUAAACAGAAUUUUAAAGACAAGCUCAAGGGUUAGUUUGUCCAACAAGCAACAACUUCUCUACAAUCUGCCAGAAGGCCAAGUAAUGCUACAAGAUGCAAUUCCCCCAAGUCGGCACCAGGUGUCGCUGUGAGCUCGUUGUCCCGACUACCCCCCAAUUCCAAGAACCAUUUUUUUCCUCCCCCUUGCUUCUCUUUCUCUUUCCACCCCCCCCCCCCGGGCUUUGCCAACAUAUCAAGAUGCGUUUCGCCGGCUUCCAUCACUAACCUCCCGGAGGUCAUCAAGCCAAAUUUAUGAGUGGCCGCUCCAGUCACGUGACUCUAUUUAAGGCUCCCUUAUUUGGGAAGAGCGCAUAGGAUAAAGAAAGAGAUAUCUCCACCUAUAAAUUGUGCACUUUGGAGAACAAAAACCCCUCAACUUCAAAGAGUCACAAAUCACCCUUAAUCAAAAAGGGUGCAGAAAUUUUUUUUGGGCCCUCCCCGCCAUGAGCUCCUACGUAGCCAAUUCAUUCUAUAAGCAGAGCCCCAAUAUCCCUGCCUAUAACAUGCAAACUUGUGGGAACUAUGGAUCGGCCUCAGAGGUGCAGGCAUCCAGGUACUGCUACGGCGGAUUGGACUUAAGCAUCACUUUCCCACCGCCUGCGCCUUCCAACUCUCUCCACGGGGUAGACAUGGCUGCCAACCCCCGGGCUCACCCCGACCGCCCCGCCUGCAGCGCCGCGGCCGCUCCGGGACACGCUCUGGGCAGAGACGAAGCGGCUCCUCUGAACCCUGGGAUGUACAGUCAGAAGGCGGCUCGCCCAGCGCUGGAGGAGCGAGCUAAGAGCAGUGGGGAGAUCAAAGAGGAGCAGGCGCAGACAGGGCAGCCUGCCGGACUGAGCCAGCCACCGGCCCCGCCACAGAUUUACCCGUGGAUGACCAAACUGCACAUGAGCCACGAGACGGAUGGCAAGCGGUCCCGAACCAGUUACACGCGCUACCAGACCCUGGAACUCGAGAAAGAAUUCCAUUUUAACCGCUACCUCACUCGCCGCAGGCGCAUAGAGAUCGCCAACAACUUGUGUCUCAACGAGAGACAGAUCAAGAUCUGGUUCCAGAACCGCAGGAUGAAGUGGAAGAAAGAUUCCAAAAUGAAGAGCAAAGAGUCUCUUUAGAGGAAGCAGGGAGCCCUCAGAGAGCACCCGGGUCGGCUGUGGUCCCCGCGCCCUUCCUUUCCGGUUUUCCUCCUUCUAGAUUUUGAGGUGGAGGCUAGAGCACUGGCUCUGGGCCUCCCAGACAAAAAGCGCAUUUCUUUGGCAUUCCGAGUCCCCAUAGACCCAGGGUUCUGCAGGACAGCCUGCACUGCCUGUCUUGUCUCAGCUCAGCUGAGCACCUCAGGCCCGGGGCACAUUCUUGUAGGGCGGGUACUGGAUAAGCCUCAGCCUGGGCUGCCUCUCUGGGCCCUAGCUCGGCUAGCAUGAGUUAAGGUGAGACAGACUGGCUGUAACCCCUUCUCCCCGACCUCCACUUCACCCUCUUCUUUGUUCUUGCCUAGGCUGGCCAGGCUGCUGAAGGCUGGUUGUGCCAGGCAGAGGCUAUGGCGAGAAUGGGGUGCUUUCAACUAACCUUUAUAACUUCUAAACUCGUCUUUGCUCAUGAAUUAUUUGCAUAUGAAAGAGGGAGAUAAGUGAACGUGGGCCUGUCGUCCCAGAGGUUGUCCUAUGCUCUCUAACCCUUCCAACCCUCCCCAAAGUCCGGGACUUCCCUAGCCUGGCUUGCUGCAUGCACUCUCAGGUUCGCAGUCCCAGCCUGCUAGCUAGCUCAACUAUUGGGGUCUCUUGCCUUUGGUCCCUAGCAAGUGGUUCUUUGAGGCUUUUUGCUAUCCUAUAUAUCUUGCCAUGACUUUCUUACCUUCCUGCCCCAUUGCAGUUGCCCAGCUAUUUAUUGACUCCAAGUCCUUCCUGAAACUAUAUUUUGUCAUAUCAAAUAAAGCCAGAAAAAGAACAGGACUGAAGAUUCAAUGACUUCUGUCUGUUUAGGGCAUGCAAUGAGUAGCUGUGUCUAAAUAGGCUCUGAGAUGAAUAGAGAGGCCCUGUCCUUAAGCCAUCCCUUAAAAAAAUAUUUUUAAACAGGUUUAGGAGAAGCAAGAAUAGGGAACAAUGUAACUGAGUUCUUUUCUUGAUUCAUGGCUCCAAGAAGGCCUCUGGGUGAAGGGGAGUACACUUGAGGACUCCUGUACUGUUGUUUCCAUAUGCUGUGGGUGUCUAAGGCACCCAGACUUUUCUAUACCCUACUCUCAACGUUGGCUAAAGAGACUUGAGGCUUCUAGACUGUCUGUAGUCUGUACUUUAUGGCACAACAUAGGAACUCGUGGCUCCACUGACUUAGAUUCUGGCCCUUCUGGAUCUGGGUCAUCCCUGAGGGUCCUUUCUGGACAUAGAAGAAAGGCUGAGCCCUCAAUCAAGGGCCAUGUUUGAUGCCAGAAGGAUUCCCAGUAAUAGUAGGUAGGUUCUGCUUGGUAGAGAGGUGUUGGAGAAGGGGAAUUGGCCAUGGUUUGAGAUGUUCUUCAGCUUUCUAAGAUACGGGAUGGGGCAAAGGGGGACUAGGAGAAUUGUGAAUGCAACCUGCAGUGUGUGCCUGCCUUAGAGAAAACAUGCAGACUGCUCGCUGUCUUCUAGGGUCUAAGCCAAUGAAGGACAGUUCACUGGAGUAAGACCUGGGUAGACCAGUGCAGGAGCCGUGUCUGUUUGCCAUCAUCUAUCAGUCUCUGAGAUUUUGUAUAAAGGGGAGGGUAGCCUAUAAGAGCGGGAACACAGAUAAUUCAGGUGGGGCUGGCUUAGGCUUAGCUCAGCUUCAUCCCAGGCUCCACGAGAUGAAGGAGGAAGUACUUUACAGGAGAAACAAAUGCGGGAUGGGGCCAUAAAACUUUACUGCAUUUCCUCUGCAGCCUCCCACAAUGGGGUGAUUUCCUGGAGCCAAGCUUAGGCCCCACACUGAAGGAGUGGGGAUCUGAAACUGGGCAAAGGGCUGCUCUACGCUAGGACAGAAAGGGAACAGAGUGGCUCUGGGGAGGGGCGGGGAGAUUUCUUUUCAUGAUUAUUAAUGCUUAUGCUCUUUGGAUUUAUUAAAGGUCUGACUUCACUGCAUCCCACUGUCUAAGCAAUGUGUCUGUCACUUUUAGAAGACUCAAGAGCCUGUUCUCAUCCUAUGCUUAGCAUGUAGGAGGUCUCAGCACAUGUUUGUCGAGCUGCACCCCACGACCAUCCUUCCCUUCCCUUCACUCUGUGCUCAGGCAAGGUUAGAGCACUGCCAAAGUCUCCCCUCAACUUGCACUCUGCAGGCAUGCAGCCCAGCCCUAGCUAACCCUCCUUCCUCUCUCUCUCUCUGAGAGAGAGAGAGAGAGAGAGAGAGAGAGAGAGAGAGAGAGAGAGAAAUAAAACGUGUGGUUUUCUUCAGGGAGUUAUUUUAAUUUUUCCUACAUGCUGCGUAAAACUAUUGGGUGAGCAUUGAAGCAUGAAGAAGCACUGGCAGCUCAGAUGGGUAACAGUUAAGUAAAGAAGAGAUUAUGGCACCCACACUCACCAAUUCCAGCCUCCCAGACUUCAGGAGGAGUUGUGCUUCCUCCCCAGGGUGGGCACACCAGGGCUUGAUGAGAAGGGAAUAGGGGUGAUAUUGAUCAGACCACCCUAGCAAAGUUGACUAGCACUCUAUGAGUUCCUUGCCCCCCCCACCCCAGUGCAGACCGAACCUCUUAUUCCCUGGAGGAGCUAGCUGAAGGACUGUCUCAGCUUGCCCAGGCUUGAGGGGGGUGGGACUGUGCCUCCAGCUCCCUUCCUUCCUAUUUCAGGCUUGAGCCCUUGUCUAUCCACAGCUGCAGCAGUUUGAUAGAGGCAACCAAGGCAGAAGACACAAAGCCAGAGACCUCAGACCUCCCCUUCACUGGGGGUGGGGGGUGUAGCCUAGAAACUUACUUUCUCUCUGACCAGAAGCUUCUGCUUGGGGUCUACCCACCAAGCUGCCCCUGGACCAACUUUCAACUUCCAGGCCUUAACAGUACUCUGAAAGAGUAAAAUGAAGGGGCUCCUGGGUCCCAAAAGGUGACAGGAGCCCGCUUCUCUAUUUUUUCCUUAGAACCCACCCACUCUGGCAGCAGGAAAAAGGGGGGAAAUCAUGACUUACCUUCCCCGGGGAGUGGGAAGAGGGGACACGGCCCACUCUGAGCAAUUAGAGGAGAAAAAAUAGGAAGAAAAAUAUCAACAGGACCUCGAAGGAAAACAUCAGGUCCUUAGAGAAAUAAGUAAGUAAGUAAAUAAAUAAAUAAGGAUCCACCUUCUCCCCCCUCCCCACCCUGCUAGGGGGUGUGGAGGAGGGGCAAAGGAGCAGCACAAGGGCUUUUUAGUGCAACUGAGCAUUAGAGAAAUAGGAAAGCCUUCUAUGUGAAUUUAGGAGUUUGAAACUUUUGGAGGUUAUUUAUGUGAAUAGCCUGAAGGCAAGCCCGUGAGUGGCUCUUGGGGGACCACGUGAUGUCAUUAAACCAAGUUUUAUGGUGUAGGGAGAGCUGACAAACCCACAAUAUAUUUACAUCAUAUAUAAUCUUAACUGUCCAGCCACGCAGCUGCUGGUGAGGUUUAAUGCUAGGACAGAGGGCCUGGCAGUUAGAGGGGACUACGGCGCUGGGGAUGAUGGUGAGAGAGGUUACGUCUUCGCAAAUGAAUCCCAGGCGAUCGCUGUGAGUUAAUUCUCUGCCCCCUUUCUCUGUUUCAGACCCUUUCUCCUAUUUACCUAACUCCCUCCCGACUUGAAAGAAGAGGAUUCUCCCUCAUUAAGGGGAAAAGGAAAAAGGCCUCCCCAGACUUCCUCAGGCCCUGGGUGGGAGAAGGGGGAAGGCUGCUGAGAACUAGAAAGAUGGAGGGCCUUGUCUUCCUAGAUCAUACCUCCCCUCUGUAGCCUUCACUCCGCCUGGCUGCUACUCAGCUGGGCUAGAAAGAGGCCGCGCACCUUCAGAGUUUUGCAAGGUCUUCCUGCUCCUCUGUGGAUUGGAAAGACACGCCAGAGCCAGAAAUGUGGCUGUUUAGUUGUGGGGCUCUACAAACCCUAAAUACAAGUGCAAAAUGCUUCUGGGGUUCUCUGUUCCAUGGAGAGGCCACUUGGCCUCUGGAAAAGUACAAUGCAGAGUGGGAAGCUGGGGAGAAAGACAGGGAAAGACAGCUUUGUAGUUUCAGAACUCACAGACUGCUGCUUAGACUGAUCUCACAGGCUAGGUGGGCCUCCAAAGUCCAGGGCCUGAGUGUGUCUGGGGCCCUUAAUGCUUAUACCUUUCCCCAAUGCUACUUACUUAGUUCCUCCCAGCAGCCCCAGCCUUGCCUAGGUAAAGCUAGGCCCUGGAGACCUAGAGGUCUCUGCUUAGUGUGCAGCAAAGAUAUGUUGGAUUUCGGUAAGGAUGGAGGCAACUUAUUUGCUAGGCUCCGAAAAGUUUUCUACCUGGGGGUGGGAAGAAAAGAGGUUUUGGCUCCUUAGGACUGGAACCAGCAAGAUCCUGCUUAUGAAAGUACCCUGGAGGGGGGGGGGUCUCCUUUUAAGUUUAUAUCAAGGAGUGGCAAAGGUAGCAAAAGCAAAAGGCAUGUGCCCCUCAUACCUGUAAGGUGUACUUCCAAGGACAUUAGGGGAGCUAAUCCAGAAAAGUAGUGACUUGUGACUCAGGGUACUUAUGCAUUGGCUGGAAACAGGGAAGAUUUGUAAAGACUGGAAGCCAGAGGGUUUCAAAGGGGAGUAGAGGGGAGCAGCCUUCCAGAAGAAAGGACUGCUUUGGGUGAGAGGGAUUUGUGUGCACCUGCUUUGUGGAGAGAUGCAGUUGUGGAGAAAAGAUGUCAUGCUGCUAGCACA